AUGUCUCCUUACUUCACCUCUAUCAGUCUGAAUCAGAACUACAGUGUCCAGAUAUCUCCACUCUCCCAUAUCUCCAACGACACAGCCAUCUCCUCUGCCUGCACCAUGCACACCAAAUCCAUACUCAGCUCCACUCUCCCAUAUCUCCAACAACACAGCCAUCUCCUCUGCCCACACCAUGCACACCAAAUCCAUACUCAGCUCCGCUCUCCCAUAUCUCCAAUAGGCCUCAAGACCCGUGCUUCGCAAGUGACAUCAUCCGAUAAGCUUUCGCAGUUGCAGAACAAGUUGACGCAGGGUCUAGAGCUCGCUAAAACGCUCCUUUCUCGAGAAAAUCUCAAGCGUGACUACACGCAGCAAACACAAGUUUCCCUCGUUGGGCACUAA